AGUUUCUCGUUUACCCUUUUUUUCUCACGCACGCAGCCAUUUCCUCUCUCUCACUCAAACGCCGCUCACCUCCCACCGAUCACAGCCGCUCUUCGUCGCCUCCAGCCGCCGGGAAGGGGCUCACGGCUCUUUCUCUCUCUCUAACCUUUGUGUUCUUUCUUUCUCUCCCUCUAUUUGCUCUCCUCCAGCCGCUGCCACCACGCGUUUCCGGCGUCUCCCUUGCCGUAACCCGCCGUCAGUCUUCGCCGAAUAGAAGCAAGAAGGUUGCGUUUCAAUGGAUGAUUCUUCAAGAAAUGGGCUCCAUGGUUUUAGUUUGACUCUCGCGUCAAGAAAAGCUGAAGAAGCUGCUUGGAGGCGGUAUGAAGCUGUCAGGUGGCUUGACAGCUUUGUUGGCCCACUAGGCCUGCCAAAUCAGCCAUCGGAGGUGGAGUUUAUUUCUUGUUUGAGAAAUGGUUUGAUCUUGUGCAAUGCAAUUAACAAGAUUCAACCAGGAGCAGUGCCCAAGGUGGUGGAUAAUCCAUGUUCUUUACAAUCACUUACGUGGGACUGUCAGCCAUUGCCUGCCUAUCAAUACUUUGAGAACGUUCGAAAUUUUUUGGUUGCAGCGAAAGAGCUGAAUCUACCUGCUUUUGAAGCUUCAGAUCUAGAAAGGGAUACAUUUGAAGCGAAGAUAGUGGAUUGUGUGUUGGCUCUGAAAUCUCUUCAUGAGUCGAAGCAGAUGAGUAAUGAAAAUGGAUUUCACAAACAUGUGAAAUCUCCUCUGCUUUUGCAUUCCUCCAACAGGACGCAUCCAAGACCUUUGUCCACAGUCACAUUGGACUCUUGUAGACGCUUGGAUAUGUCUGCCACGUGUGAAAAGCGACUUGUUGGGAGUGAAAAACUUGAAGAGUUAAUUGUCAAGUCACUUGUUGAUUCCCUAGUUCAGGAAAAGGAGAAUUUUGAUGGGAAUCUUCUUGCAUCUUUGAGAAAUCGAGAUAAGGAUGCAGUAAGGUUAUUCCAAAGUAUUGUAUCAAAUUGUUCAAAAGAAUCGCUUCAAGAAAACUUUUCAGAGAAGAAUACAAAGAUUGAUACAACUUUAGUUGAAUUAAAAGAAAGGAGCAGCCCCCUUGCUCAUUUUGAUACAGUAUUAGAUGACAUUUCGGACCUUGAUAGUUCACAGCGAUUCAGAGCAUGCUUCAAAAGGAAAAGCUGCAAUCACCACAAAUUAUUUUGUGUUCAAGAGAGGGAGCUUUUGGAUCUCAAAGCCCUUUUAUCUAAGACAAAAGGGGAAUUUCAUGACCUGCAGUUGCAGUUACAAAGGGACUUGAAAGACUUGGAAAAUCUAGUGCAGGAACUAUCAAAUGCUGCUCUUGGUUAUCAUAGUGUGGUUCAGGAGAACAGAAGCUUGUAUAACAUUGUUCAGGAUCUAAAGGGCAAUAUUCGAGUUUACUGCAGAGUAAGGCCCUCGUUCAAUUGUUUAUCAAAAAAUGUGAUAGAAUUUAUUGGGGAGGAUGGUUCACUAAUGAUCUCGGAUCCAUUAAAAUCCAAAAAAGAUGGAAGGAAGGUUUUUCGAUUUAAUCGUGUAUUUGCCCCAGCUGCAAAGCAAGAUGAUGUUUUUAAGGAUAUUCAACCAUUAAUUAGAUCCGUCAUGGACGGCUACAACGUAUGCAUAUUUGCCUAUGGUCAAACUGGAUCAGGAAAAACACACACCAUGAAUGGUCCGUCUGGAGGAGCUGACAAAGACUUCGGAAUUAAUUAUCUAGCUCUUAAUGAUCUAUUCCAGAUCCAGAAUGUAAGGAAGGACAUAGACUAUGAAAUCAAUGUCCAGAUGGUCGAAAUUUACAAUGAACAAGUACGAGACCUUCUUGUUGCAGAAUCAUCAAAUACCAAAUUAGAGAUUCGAAGCUGUACUAGUGACACUGGCUUGAGCCUUCCAGAUGCAACUCGACAUUCUGUGAAAUCAACUGAUGAUGUUCUCAAUCUAAUGAAACUAGGAGAGUUGAACCGUGUUGUAAGUUUCACUGCUAUGAACAAUAGAAGUAGCCGCUCACACAGUAUUUUGACUGUUUAUGUUCAUGGAAUGGACAAUUCUGGGAGCACUAUUCGUAGCUGCCUACAUUUGGUUGAUCUUGCAGGAAGUGAAAGGGUCAACAAAUCCGAGGUUUCGGGAGACCGGCUUAGGGAGGCGCAGUAUAUUAAUAAGUCUCUCUCUUGUUUAGGAGAUGUGAUUAUGGCAUUAGCUCAUAAGAAUUCUCAUAUCCCUUACAGAAACAGUAAACUCACACUUCUCUUGCAAGAUUCUCUAGGUGGACAUGCUAAAACAGUAAUGUUUGCACAUGUAAGUCCAGAAGAAGAUUCCUUCUGUGAAACAUUAAGCACUUUGAAAUUUGCCCAAAGUGUUUCAACUGUUGAACUUGGUGCUGCUCGUUUGAACAAGGAAAGCAGUGAAGUCAUGCAACUCAAGGCUCAGGUUGAGAAUCUCAAGAAAGCUUUGGUUAAUAGUGAAGCUCAACAAACAUUAACCAAUAAGUCGAAGGAACCUAGAUCACCUACACAAGUAGUUGAUCGAACUCCUCCACGCCCUCGAAGGUUGAGCAUUGAGAGUUGUAGCACGACUAAAAUUGAGCUACCUUCCAAACAAGAGAUGAGAAAGGGCUCAAAGACUCCCUCUGUACGCACCAGAAGAUCAAGCUUGGAGGGCCCAACAUGUAUUAUAAAGGAUGGUUCAAGGAUGAAGAUCUUAGAAGAUGGAAGUAAGAAUCAAACUCUGAAAUCCCAGAAAUGUGGCAUAAUUCAGAAUUCAGAGACAAUCUCUAGAGUUUCUCAUAGCAUCAGCAAUGUUGAUGUUUCAUUGGAGAUGAGCCGUCUCAAGAGUCCUCGAAGUCCUUUAGGUGGUACUGGUUAUAAGAAGCGAGCGAUCAACGUUGAAGGUACCCAAACUCUUAACCUUCAGCUACCAAAGACACCUGAAGCACCAAAACACGUUAGAAAUGACAUCCAAAAUCAAAUGCAAAAUGUUGCGAUGUUUUCCGUUGAUGCCCAAACACCCAACAUGAUGAGUACAACAAGUGGAAAAGGGUCUCGAAUAAGAAGAUCCAUGAGGACGAUUGGGAAGCUAAUUAAUGGCUCUGAGAAAAGGAAUCGACAGAAUUUGAUAGAAUUGCGUACUCCAAUGCAAGUUAAUUGUAACAUUGAUCUCGAGAUGUCACCGUUUCCGACUAAUUCAAGGAUGCAGAGGAGACAAUCUUUAACUGGCAUCCAAAUGACAGGGUCAAGCAAAUCUAGAAGAUCAUCUCUUGGAGGGAAACCAGGUGACUCAAAUGUUGAAAAAGUAAUUGACACUAGAAAUGCGAGGACCCCUCCACCGGUCCAUCCAUCAACCCAGGCAACCAAGCGGUGGCUAUAAUCGUGUAUACGACGAUGAUUUGGAAAGAUAUAAUUUAUGUUCAAGCAGAGAAGCGACUUGCGGUCAUCUUUUUGUAGUGUAGAGCCUCAAAAUUUAAAACUAAGCCUUCAUAUUGACUAAUAUUUUUCAGGUUAGAGCAAAAAAGUGAUGAAUGUAGAGCAACUAACUUAGGUUCCAUUUAGAGGGUGGGGAUGAAUCCCAAUGUUUUAGUAACUCUUCUUCACCAGUCUUAAAUUCUCCAUGUAUUCUUAGUAUUGGUAUGUUCAACAGAACUGACCAAACACAGGUAAAAAAGAAUAAAACAAACUCUUUGAUGUGCAUAAA